AUCGAAUCGAAUCGAAUCGAACCGGGUGGACAGUGGGCUCGCUUCGCCUCGUUUCGGCUCGGCUCUCAGGAAACCGCCACGAGAUUCCUCGCGCGCGCGGCUCAGCAGAUCGCGCGAGCGCGAGAGGAGCAUGGGAUCGGAGGGGCGGGGCUGGAACGGCGCGGCCGCCGGAGCCGGCGCCGGCGACGGCGCCAGGGGCGGGGAGGAGAAACCGACCACCACCGCGGCGGUGGCCGCAGGGGCGCCGGCGGACGUGCCCACGUCGGCGGCCUCCGUCGACAUCUCGCUGCCGCUCCCGGAGAUGACGCCGCACAUCAUAGGUCUCUGCAAGGGAUCGGUCAAAGGGUGGUCGUCGCUGGACAGCUCGUGCUUCUCCAUCGAGACGGUGUCUGGCGGCAUCACGAAUCUAUUGCUGAAGGUAUCUGUAAAAGAAGAUACUGGAAAUGAGUUUUCUGUGACUGUUCGUUUGUAUGGACCAAAUACAGACUUGGUGAUUGAUCGGAAAAGGGAAUUGCAGGCGAUACCAUAUCUCUCAGCUGCAGGGUUCGGGGCUCGACUACUUGGAAUUUUUGAGAAUGGAGUAGUUCAGUCAUUCAUCAAUGCUCGAACACUGUCACCUGCAGACAUGAGAGAACCUAGAAUAGCAGCUGAGAUUGCCAAGGAGCUCCACAGAUUCCAUCAAGUAGACAUUCCAGGGUGUAAAGAACCACAACUGUGGAAUGAUAUAUUCAAGUUUUUGAAAAAAGCUUCAGCAUUGAAUUUUGAGGAUAAUGAGAAGCGGAAGAGAUAUGAAACAAUCUCAUUUAGAGAAAUACAAGACGAAGUUAAAGAACUUAAGGAUCUCUCCGACCUUCUGCAUGCACCUGUGGUUUUUGCACACAAUGACUUGCUUUCAGGAAAUCUGAUGCUCAAUGAUUUGGAAGGGAAGCUAUAUUUUAUCGAUUUUGAGUAUGGGUCAUACAGCUACCGUGGUUAUGACAUUGCAAAUCAUUUCAACGAGUAUGCAGGAUUUGAUUGUGACUAUGACAUGUACCCAGAUAAAGAUGCCCAGUAUCACUUUUUCAGGAAUUAUAUGCAACCUGACAGGCCCAGUGAGGUGCAGGCACAAGAUCUGGAAGCACUUUAUGUGGAAACAAACACUUUCAGGUUAGCAUCGCACAUUUACUGGGCGUUAUGGGUCCUUAUACAGGCAAAGGUAUCCCCAAUUGAUUUCGACUAUCUUGGGUACUUCUUCCUACGGUACGGUGAGUACAAGAAACAGCGGGAAUCCUGCUUCUCCUUGGCACAAAGCUUCCUCUCUCAUCUGAGAAAUGGCUAGAGCCUGAGAAUCUGUUCAAGAGUCAAUUCGGUGGGUAUGCGUUGUAAUUUUCGGCUGCUACCCGGAAACUUUAUUAUGGUGGUGGUAGCAGCCUCUUGUUGUAUCUGAUGUUAGAUUCGUCAUGGCCUGGUAGGAAAGCCGCACAAUAGGCCCUCGGAAAGACAAAUGUACUAUUAUUUGUAAUAAACACAAUCCUUAUGGGUUCUGCUCCGUGCAAUUUGUUGUGCAUAAAAGCUUUCCAUGUAAAACCUUUGAUACAUUCUGGCAAAAAAAAGUCACAUUUCCUUC